GGUCUAUGCGGGGCUUUGGACGGGGGCGAGGGGGCAUCUCCAGGGCCUGCGCUCGCCUCCUCUCCGGGGCCAGGAUGAGGGCAGACGGAGGACUUGGCUCGCAGGUGCCGCUUGCGAGCAGGGCGGACGGGCGGGGGAGCGCCGGAGCCGCGGUCCGCGCAAGCCUGGGGAGGGGGCGGGCGCGAACUACGACUCCCAGCAGCCCCGGCCGGGGCGCGGGAUGAUGGGAGCUGUGGUUCUGCGCCUCAGGGCCGCCGCCGCCCGACCAUCCCCCCUCCCUUUCCCGUGUCCGUCGGGGCGGAGCCGGGCUGGCCGGCGGAGGGGAGGCAAGGCGCGCCGGCUGCCCGCGCUGCUGCCGCCGCCGCCAGGAUGGCCACGGAGGAGCUGGCGGGCAAGCUGAGCCGCCGCCUGCGCGUGGAGGGCGCCCCCGAGGAGGAGGAGGAAGGGGGCGAGGCGGAGGGGUCGCCGGGCCCCCGAGCCCCCAAGCCAGGGCAGCUCUCCCCGGGCGGCGCCCACCGCGUCUUCAGCCCCUACAGCGAGUUCCGCGAGUUCUCCCGCCGGCAGAUCAAGGACAUGGAGCGGCUCUUCCGCCAGUACGACGCGGGCAAAGACGGCUUCAUUGACCUGAUGGAGCUGAAGCAGAUGAUGGAGAAGCUGGGGGCUCCCCAGACCCACCUGGGCCUGAAGGAGAUGAUCAGGGAGGUGGACGAAGACGUGGACAGCAAGCUCAGCUUUCGGGAGUUCCUUCUCAUCUUCCGCAAAGCGGCUGCUGGGGAGCUGGAGGAGGACAGCGGCCUCCAUGCCCUGGCCUGCCUCUCCGAGAUCGACGUCUCCACCCAGGGGGUCAAGGGGGCCAAGAGCUUCUUCGAGGCCAAAGUGCAGGCGAUGAACGUGGGCAGCCGCUUCGAGGAGGAGAUCAAGGCGGAGCAGGAGGAGAAGCGGCGCCAGGCGGAGGAGCUGAAGCAGCGCAAGGAGGCCUUCAAGGAGCUGCAGUCCACCUUCAGGCAGUAGCCGGCACCCCCACCCCACCCCCCGCCGGCCCCCCCACCUCCACGCCCCUCCGCCCCCCCUCGCCACAAGCCCCCCCCCCGGCCAUUGUUUGCGGGUCAGGUGACGGCUGGAGGCGCGGGAGCCGGUCCCGGUCACCUGGCGACCCAGCGUGGUUGGUGGGCGAACCGCCGGGGGAAGAAGGCCGACCUCGGAGCCCCCAGACUCACUUGGGCCUGCUCUGCACCCCCCCCCCCUCCAGCCAGCCGUUCGGUGUUCCCUUUGCGGCGUUUCCGUCUCCGUCCGUCGGUCUCGUGCUUCUCGGUGUCUCCCGGUCUCAGGUUUACGGACUCCAUGUGUGAAUCGUCCCGUUCCCCCCCCCUGGGGAGGCGAUGCAUGGAUGUGGCUUGCUGUUAGAGGCGGGGUGGGGGUCUCCUCACUCACCCACCCACCCCUGCUGCUUGUGCAGAAAUGCCGUCUUUGUGUGUGUGGCCUCGGCUGUAUAGAUGUGCUCGGGCUCUGCUUUCCCCAGAGUGGGCCCCCACAGGGGCCGGGGGGGGCUCCGGACAAGUGGCCAGGCGGUGGGCCCGGCAGGUGGGAGCGCUGGGGGGGGGUGUCUCCUUCCCACCCUGGCUUCGGAGACUCGGCAGAACGUUCUCUGGCAGGCAGGGGACGAUGGGAGCUGGAGUCUGGCACGUCUGCAGGACAGGGUCUGUUUAUAGUGUGUCUGUUUCUGUGUGUGUCUGUGUGUGUGUGUUUAUGUCCAGACAAUGAGCCCCAAGUUCUGGCGUUGUGUUGUUGUGUAGAAGUGUUCUGGUGGCAGGAACAGGAGAAGGGGGGAGAUUUGGGGCAGGAGGAGUCCUGGGUGUGGGGGGCAGCCGUUUGAAGCAGUCAACGGGAGCUCCACCGGUCGGGGGGGUUGGGAGGGCUGGGACUGUGUCAAAAUCCCCCAGGGCGAUGGGCUCCUAGAGGUCAUCUAAUCCAACCCCCAGCCGAGGAAGACAUUCCCAUUGGGGCAGCUCCUUUUCCACUGCCCCAGACGGGGGCUACUUGCCCACAAGGGGGUCUCCUUCCUAGGUGGGCCCCUUAGCCAGCUGUGGGAGCUCAGGCGUGGAUGGCAAAAGACCAGCAGCCCCAAAGCCCACCGGAAGGGGCCUUGCGGGCAGCCUCUGAGCCGGAGCGUGAAGUGGGUGGGAGGCCUGGGCCACUCGGACGUUGGCUUCUUCAACAAGCCACAGUCAAGGCCCCCCUGGGCCCCCUGGCUUUGCUUCCCCCCCCCCGUGCUUGCUUGCUUCUGGGCUGAAUUUGUGCUUUGGGGGCUCAGGGACCUCCGGGGGGCCCCUGAGGGCUUUGCGCUCGGCCUGCCCUGGGACUCCAGAAGCUGCUCCAUUUCACUGGUAUGGUUUUAUUUUUUUUACCCAAAUAUAAUUAAAGCAAAACUAUAUUUCAUAAGCUGAUUGUGGUAUCCGGAUUCUCUCUCUCUCUCUUGUGGCCGGGGGGGGGGGGGGGAUUCAAUCAGGAAGUGCGGGUGAUGCCUCUGUGCCCUUCCUGCGGCUGGGCUGACUGACUUGAGCAACCUCCCCAGUCUGCUCCAGAGGUGGAGGGUGGGACGGGCCGUCGGAUUCAGACCCCACACCAAGUGGAGGCAGCAGGUCGUCCCCCCCCCAAGAAGGCCAGCUGGCAUCGCUUAGCCUCCCCAGGAUGGAGGGCAGGUCUUGCUGAGGUGGCCUGAAUCAACCCCCCCAUCCUAUUUAUGUGGUUGGAGACUGGCAGAGCCCAGGGGCCUGCAAAGACAUGGACCUCGGUGGCUGUGGGCCUGGAGUGGGGCUCCGAUUGUGGUUUAUCCCACCAGCCAUUGGGGGGGCCUCCCUGACUCCCUUUCCCAAAGGCCUCCGGUUCCCCCGUGGGAAGCGGGCAGGUGAGGAGGGGCGGGAGGUUUCCACUGGCCGUGCCAGGCUGGGUGAGCCAGCUGCUGGUUCUCCCACGGCCGAGGGCCCCCACCAAGCCCCAGAGGGCCUCCAGCCGUACCCAGAGAGGCCAGCAGCUGCCCUUGGGACACACACACACACACACGCACACAGAGGACCUGGCAUUGCUGGCCCCCGUCUGCCUCCCAGUUCCAGGGGCUGCAGGCAAAGGCCAUGUGGGCCCUCUCUGGGCACCCACAGCCACACCAGGUGCCCGAUGGGGGUGUGGGAGGGGGCCUCUGACGGCCAAGGGUGAUUUUGGGGGACGCAGGAAGAGCUGCUCUGCCUCUCGCAGGCACCCCAAAGGCCGCCUGGACCCCCACCUGGUGAGCAGACGAGGACGGGGCCCUCUGCCAAGGGGCCGCCUCCCUCCUUUAUCGGCCCAGCGACAGAUAACCUGGCAAGGUCAGGGGCGCCUGGCGACGGCACCUGGUCGGGGCUCCAAGGAUGCUCGGCUGCAGCCGGCUAUAAAUACGGGCGCGGCUCCCCAGAGGCCACUUCAGUGGCUGCCAUCAUGUUCAAGCUGCUCUGCGCCC